AUUAGAGUUUGUAACCGACAGCAACUUGUAGUAGAAGAAAUGAGAAUUAUAGUCACUUUCUUGUUCCUGGGCUUGUGCCUGUGCAGUGUCCGGGCAGAGGAUGAUCUGGUGGAGCUACUCAAGGACAACACCAAUGGCAUUGGAAGGGCCAAUGAGCUCCUGGCCAGGAUUGCCGCCAUCUACGAGGAGACCCGGGCCAACUUGGUGGCACAAAAGGAGGCUCUCAACAUUGUAACCCUUGUACAGGAACUGCUGGCCCGUCUCGAAGUUGUGCUGGUGGAAAAGACCGAUCUGAUGGUGGCUACGCUGUUCAACAUUUCGAAGCAAGGUGAAGAGUAUGCCAAGCGCUCGGAAUCGGAACUCCUGGAGCUGGCCCGUGCGCAAGAGGUCACGGCACAGCUACUCCGUGUCCUAGAGUCCAAGAUGGACGCCUACCAGACGCACGUGCUCCACAGUGCCCGCAGCAUUGACAAGAAUAUCGAUGGCCUGGCCAGGCUGAUCACUCGUACGGUCCUGCCGCAACUAAACGGCCUGAAGUGCUCCGUUGACAGCCUGGAGACAUCGCAGAUCAACGUGGAGGUGGAACUUAAGAGUUUGGCAGGCAUUAAGGAGAUAGGCGUCGAUUCCAUCCACAAGCUGGAUGUGCUAGAACGUCAGCUGAAGGACCUGAAUCGCACCCAGGAGGUUCGCCUGGCGGGAUUGACCCACGCGGUGAAGCAUCUGCAGCCGCUUGACUCGUGGAAGGUGGAAGGAGCCCUGCGCGAACUGAUCAUUUCCCAGAAGCGCAUUGAACUCGAUCUGGAGGAAUGCAGCCAUCACUCUCAGUCCUAUAAAUCCAGCUACCAAGUUGAGGCUUCAGCGCCGCACUAUCCUCAGCAGCACCCUGAGCCGCAUCAUCAGCCUCAUCCUCAGCCUCAUCCUCAGCCUCGUCCUAAGCCUCAUCCUCAGCCUCACCAUCAGCCUUAUCCUCAGCCUCAACCCCACCAUCAGCCCGAGCAUCAGCCUCAGCCCCACCAUCAGCCUCAGCCCCACCAUCAGCCCGAGCAUCAGCCCCACCACCAGCCUCAGCCCCACCAUCAUCCUGAGCCUGAGCCUAAGCCCAAACGUGUUGACUUGGUGCAAGUUUGGAACGUCAAUCAUGGAGAGUAUCCACAGACCAAGAGAGUAUCGGCCUAUGCCCAGUCCCCCGAGCCAAAGAAAUCGCACUCCCAGUCCGGUCACAGCUCUAGCUCCUGGUGGGAUUCAUUGCCCUGGGAAACAGCCCCACAAUAUCAUCCCGCUCCAGCUCCAUGGAAGCCAGCUCCCGCCUCCACGCCCAAGCCCAAGCCGUGUCCCAAGCAAGAGCAUGGCUACAAAUCGCACUCCCAUCCGGAACCAUCUCCGAAGCAGCCUAUCUUCAAGCCGCAGCCUGUCCAGCCUGGAGAUUCCUACAGGAUCUGGUACGAAGACGGUACAUUGCCCCAAGGAUAUUAAUUUUUUUGAACAAAACUAUUCUGAAACAAAAAUCGUAAAAACUCUUCCUCGAAAAUGAUAUUAUAA